ACAUUUUCUACAGUUUAAUUAUGUUGUGAAACUGUACAGUGUAGCAUGAUGCUCUAAAAAUGGCCUCCACCUAAUGUGUAACAGGAAACAGACUGGGGCACGUAGGCCUAACAUGUCAACAAGAUUAGACAGCAGCUGACACAUGUUGUUCGUGAAUCUCACAGGUACAAUCUGAUUUAAAAGAAUUCUUUCUAAGGUUGUCAUCAGUAGAUCACAGGGUGACAUGAUUCAUGUUUUAACAUUCAACAUUCUUCUCAUCGUUCAGCAGAACACAUGGCUUCCAUGAAGUAAUUUUUAUCGUCCUGUGGCCAGGAGUAUACAAUGAAGUUGGACAAUACCUUUCACUGAUAUUAUAAAAUGAUCUUGAGUUACAGCUAAUUUUUGGAACCUUUUUAUAUAGACUCAAGUAUCGAGCAUAUACCCUGAAAGGAGGGUACAACUUUUCCUGGCGGGAAGUUCGGUCUUGCCUUUCUCUGUUGGGCUGCUACUCUGUACAGAAUUCUCCGGACCAAUCAAAUUGUUUGGGCGGGCUUUACACAAUGGUGGAUAGAUGAGCAACAGUUGUCUUGUCUCGCAUCAUCUUAGGUUGAUUUUGAUUGCAACAGAAACACUAUAGCUAUAAAUGCAUAUUAUUUUCAUGCAGAUGGCCUUUCAUUUAGCCCACUUGAAAAUGGAGUUUUCAUCACGGAUUAUCACACGAUUAUUUCUGAAAACUUAGGCCUACGUGGAUAUGUGGGGAAACUCUGGUUUCACUUUCACUAGUUUUCCAAAUAGCCUACCCUGCUACAUAUUUCAUUGUCUUAGAUUUUCCUAUCGGGUGUUGUACAAGCUACUGACAGUGCAAUAGGCCUAACUAAAAAAAAAAAAGACCAGAAGAGAUAAGCUAUUAUAGGCUAUUUCGUUGCUAUGUUUGGUUAGAUCUAUCCAAAGAGUGCUGAGCCAUCCCCCCGCCCUGUAUCGUUUGAAACACGCCCCAUAAUCACAGUCCAAGGGAUUAGUUUCAGACUCACAUUCUGACCAUAAUUGUGAGUAUGACGUCGUCAGGCUAUUUGUACCUGGCAACUGACAUGAAAUGUAGUCACAUUUGCUACAGUUUCGUUACAUUGUGAUUCUGUACAAUGUAACAUGAUGGAUGACAAGUCAUGUCUGAGAGCCCAAACCGAAAUGUUAUAAGUAAAAACACUAACAAAAUACUUGUAUGGCGGACUUCCUUUACACAUUUUACUAACACAAUGGGCACAAUAUUUGAUAGGCUUCUUCCUGAGGUUUGUUGACAUUCCACAUUCUUCAAAUAGUAAGCAGAAGACAUGGCUUCCGUGAAGUCAUUUCCAUUGUUCUGUAGACAGCAGGUACACCGGGAAGUUGGAGACCGAAAAUUGUAACUGAUAUACAGUUGAUAACAAACUAUACGAGGACAUAUUCAAGGAUAUAUACUUGGUAAUGACUCCUUUGGAUAAAUCCUGUUUUCCCCCAGCUUCUGAAACUAAACAAGAUGAUUUGACAAAGGGCUCACUCACAAAUGAUGAGUUAUAUGACGAAGUUGACAUGCAAACAGAUAUAUACACAUCUGUGGUGGAGCCUGAACAAAGCAGAGGUGUCAGUGCAGCUGGGAUGGAUGAGUGGCGUAUCAUGCUGUUGGGGAGGAGAGGGGCUGGGAAGAGCUCCAGUGGAAACACCAUUCUUAGGCAGCAAGUAUUCCCUGUCAUCAGGUCUUUGAGCAGGGUCACGCAGGUUUGUGAUCGGAGAGAGGGAACAGUGGACGGAAGGCCCGUGGCUGUGAUUGACACACCAGGACUCAAAAACUCCUCUGGCGAUGAAAAGAAAGUUAUUCGUGAGAUCCUAAAAAGCUUGUCUUUCUACAAGCCUGGUCCUCACGUCUUCCUGGUCGUUUUGCCCAUCGGAAAUCUGACAAAAGACGACAUUCAGGUCCAUAAAAUAAUACAAAGCAUGUUUGGGAAGAGGGUCUGGCGAUAUACUAUCUUGUUAUUUACCAAUGGAGACACUCUGGAAGGGACUGCUGUAAGUGAGGCUAUCAGCGGUGCAGACCAAGAGCUGCGUGAAUUGAUCCGUAAAUGCAGUGGAGGAUUUGUGGUUUUCAACAACAAGGACGUGGCAAACCGGACCCAGGUGACUUUGCUCAAGGAAAGGAUAGACACCCUGAUGGCCAUCAAUGGCAACAGGUGGUACCGAAGAGAGUAUUACCCGUUCUUGGAAAAGAAGAUCAGAGAGAGGCAUGAGAAGCACAUGGAGGAGAGAUCAGAAGACAUCGCCGAAAAGGUGAGGGAAAUGAAGACGCUCUACAACGACGACGAUGAGGUGGAGGAGAAGAAACGAGAACUCUGGAGGAAGGUAGACGAAGAGCUGAGGUUUCUUGCUGAGCAUCCACGAAAGUUCAGCAAGAAACUGAAAAUGAAAAAGUCUGAAUAAGUCCAGUCCAUUGUUUAUGUCGGACAUAAGAACAAAUAAAAACAGUCAACUAUUUGAGUAAGUUGUGAGUACUGUGAGUAUGUGUAUAAGAUAUUUUUCGGAAGUAAUAGGCUACAGUAGCCUAGGCUAUUAGAACAUUUUUGCUUUUGAUGACAAAUUACAUUACACCAACUUACUGUAUAUUUGACUGAUCCUUCCCUAUGCUGUAAUGGAAAAAUACUUAGGCCUAUAAUAAUUACACCUAUAAUAUAGGCUAUAAUAUAAAUGACCUACUAAAUGCAUGUCACAUGUUUUCAUGCAUUAGAAUGAUACCUCAUAUGCUACCAUCUGCGAGUAUUUUAGGUUUUCAUGCGAAGGAACAUUUUAUUUGUUUCAAUUUUGUUGCAUGAAAACGAACCUUUGUGAUUUUAACCCGUGUGUUGUCUUUGGAGUCAAAAACUCCACAGUUAUACAGUAUACAGUAUAACCCCUCUAAAUUAUCUGUUUUCAGCUUGAAAGCUUGCCUUUAUGCAUUGGAAUGACAGCUUCUACCAUCUGCGUUAAUUUUUUUGAUGUGAAGGAAUAUCUCAUUUGUUUCAAUUUUGUUUCAUGAAAACAAACCUUUGAGGUUUUACCCAAUUGUGUUGUCUUAGGAGUGAAAAAACUCCACAAUUAUGUUAAGCAGUUUAGAACAUUUCUAAAUUAUCUGUUUUCUGCUUGAAAGCUGCUUCUGUUAAUAUUUCUAUUAAAAUGUGUCCAAUUUUAAAAGUCAACAUCUUUCUCAAUUGUCUGACGUAAGUCUAUGCAAGUUGCAAAGCUAAUGUUGGUUGAGUAGGCUACCAGACAUUAUUUGAAUCACAACGAAUGAUGGACAAAAUAAUAAUCAUUAAUCAAUAAUGAAUA